CUUGCGCGCUCGCCUGGAUGGGCUCGAGCUGGAGCGAGCUCGUCUGCCAUUGCGAGCCAGCUGGCUCUAGCUCGCGCAAGCGGCAGCCGGAGGAGUCGGUGGCGGAGCCUCAGAGCAGAGGAGAGAAAAAGGACGAGGAGUCGGUCGAGGAGCGGAGAGAGGUCAAGCGCCGGCGCGUCACCUGCACCGACCUGUCCGACAAGAGCAUACAGCUCUGCACCCAGGACGCUAUCGCAGCCGUCCACCGGCGAGCCUUGGGGCUGGGUCUGGUCGACAACGAGACUCCUCGCUUCUCCCUGCUCGACGGCGCCUCGCUCGCCGGCGCGGCUCCGCCGCCCGCGCAGCCACCUCCGCCCGGACUCUUCACAGCAGCCGCUGGUGUCGCCGCCUCGCUUUGUGCGCUGGUCGGGCCGCGCCGCGCCGAGGCUCCAGCGCAACGCGGAGUGACGGCUCGCGAGGGAGGGCCGCCGCGUGGCACGAUCCGCACGGCCGCUCCUCCCGCCU